GGCUGGCGGCCGCGGCGGACCGUCGUGCUCUGCUCCUGGUCCGGCGAGGAGUACGGCCUGCUCGGGUCGACGGCCUACGCGGAGCUCGAGGCCCGCGGCGCGCUCGAGCACGCGACGGCCUACGUCAACGUCGACGUCGCCGUCGGCGGCAACGCGACGCUCGAGGCCGCGGGGACCCAGUCCCUCGACGGCCUC